UCCCGUCUUGGACUGAAUCACAAAAAUGGCGGGGAAAAACAGCAAAACCGGCAGCAGAAUCACGACCACGGCAACGCCCUGCACCCGCACGCACCAGAUUGGAGCUCUAGCUCUGGUAAUCUUCACCUUCUUCCUCACCAGACUCAUUGAUCAGACUUUCCCCCCUUCCUCCUCCUUCGACAGCGUCCCCUCCCACUACAGCCAAUACGACGCCGCUCUGGUUGCCGCCGGCGGGUCCCUAAUUUGGCCCCAGAGGGGGUACGGGGCCCAAUUGUCGAUAAAGAUCUACGUCUACGAUGAAAAGGAGAUCGACGGGCUUAAAUUAUUGCUCUUUGGCCGUGACGGCAAGAUUACGCCGGAGGCUUGUGUUAAGGGCCAGUGGGGCACUCAGGUUAAGAUACACCAGAUGCUCUUGCAGUCGAGGUUCCGGACGAAUAAAAAAGAGGAAGCAGAUUUGUUCUUCGUUCCAACUUAUGUCAAAUGUGUUCGGAUGAUGGGUGGCCUGAGUGACAAAGAAAUUAACCAAACUUAUGUCAAGGUACUAAGUCAAAUGCCUUAUUUCAGGGUCUCAGGGGGACGCAAUCACAUAUUUGUCUUCCCAAGUGGUGCUGGAGCGCAUUUAUUCAAGUCUUGGGCCACUUAUUUGAACCGCUCCAUUAUCCUUACUCCCGAGGGAGACCGGACUGAUAAACGAGACACUAGUGCCUUCAAUACAUGGAAAGAUAUAAUCAUUCCUGGAAAUGUUGAUGAUAGGAUGACCAAGGGGGAUAGGCUGGUUGAGCCUUUGCCUUUAGGAAAGAGGAAAUAUUUGGCAAACUAUCUAGGACGAGCACAGGGAAAAAUUGGUCGUCUUCAACUGAUAGACCUUGGAAAGCAAUUCCCGAAUAAGUUGGAAUCUCCAGAAUUAAAGUUCAGUGGCUCGGAAAAGCUUGAGAGAGCAGCAUAUUUUCAACAUCUGCGCAAUGCCAAAUUCUGCUUAGCUCCACGGGGCGAGUCUUCCUGGAGCCUACGCUUUUAUGAGUCCUUUUUUGUGGAGUGUGUACCAGUAAUUCUAUCAGAUCAAGUGGAGUUGCCUUUUCAGAAUGUAGUCGACUAUUCUCAGAUAUCAAUCAAAUGGCCAUCUACGCAAAUAGGUCCUCAGCUGUUGGAGUACUUGGAAUCGAUAGGAGAUAAUGCCAUAGAGAAGAUGAUAGCCCGGGGUAGAAAAAUAAGGUGCUUGUGGGUUUAUGCUCCUGAAUCUGAGUCAUGCUCUGCAUUUACUGGGAUUUUGUGGGAGCUUCAGAAGAAAGUGAGGCAAUUCCACCAAUCAACUGAAACUUUCUGGUUGCAUAAUGGAACUAUAAUCAAUAGGAAUUUGGUGGAGUUUGGCAAGUGGAAACCACCCCUGCCUCUACCAUGAAUGUUGUCUGAGGACAAUCAUUAACGUUCUGCAGCACUCUUUUGACACGCUGUUGUAGAUUAUUUUGCUGCUUCCAGCAUGUUUUCUCUGUUAGCUUAGUCUUUUAGUGAAAUUGAUUGUUGUAUACAGAAUCUUUUACAAGGUGAGGUCUUUAAAAGAAUUGCUAAUUCUGUGCUU